AUCUGAGUCUUUUCCUCAGACACAUUUUCAUAUAUACCUAGUGCCUCUGUCGACCUCGAACGAAAAAAUCUAGGAAAUAUGGUGGUCAGUCGACUUGAAUGGGUCGUAAGUUGAAGGGCCUAAACAUAGGUACCUAUUAUAGAGGGGCCCAACGUUUGUUUAUGUUUAGGUGGUCUGCCUGGCCUGCCCUUUGGCCCGGUCCCCCGUCGAGUAGGUAUAGUUUUCCUAGCUACAGUGGCUCCGAGUCAAAGUUCAAUCCCGACAAACUGACCUGACCUGACCCCAUUGACGACGCAGUCGUGGUGUCUCGUUUCCCCAUUUUUCACAUGAGAAGAAAACCAGGUGUGAAUUUUUUGGGGCACUCACAUUACUAUACAACUGCUAUUCUUUGCUUGCGUAGUUUGCACCCAAAUAGAGUAUGAAUACUUGCUAUGGCACGUCAGUGAGGAUUCUUCCAAGGGGCGUCAAGUUAUUUAUAGACCGGAAAACUUACAGGCCUAGGAUCUGCGUAGGCCUACGACCCUCGGGAGGAGGAGGAGAAGGUUUCUUCACUGCCGCCGAGACGUCUCUUGGACCUCUUGUUCACAAGGUCAAUCUCCAUUCUGUGGUUGCUAUUGCAAGGAGUUCUAGAGACAGAACAAUGACAGCUCCAAUCCCUAUAGUUCGAAAAGGGGUUACUAUCACUCCCUUCUCCUUGAGUGCAUCAAGUUUUUCAUUGAGUAAGGAUCGUCCCUUUACUCCUUCACCUCUCCCUUCUCCAAUGCCGUCACCACCAUCUUCUCCACCACCACUGAGUUCACCUUCUGGCCUUUUACAAGCAACGAAGGAUGCCUUGGAACGUGCUGUAUUAAAACGCGGAUCAAAAAAUAGUGUGCUUUCAAUUGAUGAAGAUAUGCGAGACAUGUGCUACUAUUAUACCCAAUUGGGCACAGAAGAACGUUCAGAAUUUCUUAUCCACAUGGCUACGUCUUUAUCAAUAGAUCACAAUGCUGUUCAAGAGCUCAUUAAACAUAAUCCAGAGUUUGAAAAUGGAAGUCCAGAUGCAGAAGCUCAUGUCAUGCGUUGGGAAGACCGUCUACGACAAGCAUUACAGCCUCCUCACUAUUGGGUUGCCUCUCAAGUUUCACGACUGUCUGGGGGAGUAAAAUUCUUAGUAGAUAUGCGUCAAGAUUUACUUAGUACUCUUUAUACAAAGACAUCUGAUCCAACAAACUCUGCUGUUCUUAAAACUUUGGAUGCUACUCUUCGAGAUCUGCUGUCACUUUGGUUCACCGUUGGGCUUUUAGAUGUACAGCGGAUCACUUGGGAGUCAUCAUGCAGUAUGUUGCAAAAGGUUUCAGAGUAUGAGGCAGUUCAUCCAGUACGUAAUUGGGCUGAUUUGAAGCGUCGUGUAGGGCCAUACAGAAGGUGCUUUAUAUUCACACAUUCCUGUAUGCCAGAUGAACCAUUAGUUGUCUUACAUAUUUACCUCACAGAUGAAAUUUGCAGAUCCAUGAAAAAUAUAUUACAGGGCUCAAAAAGUUCUUCAUUUGAUGAGCACAGUAUGAGCAAAAAUAGUGAAGAUCCAUCCUCUAUUAACACUGCUAUCUUUUACUCAAUCACCUCAACACAGAAAGGUCUCCAGGGAAUAGAGCUUGGAAAUUACCUCAUAAAGCGAGUAGUUAGAGAACUAAAGGCCGAGUUCCCAUAUAUGACCAAAUUUUCUACUCUGUCCCCAAUUCCGGGUUUUGCAAAAUGGCUCACUGGAAUGCUAGCAAGAGCACAAAGAGGAGACCUUCGGGUAUUCACAGCAACAGAAGUUAAUGCACUUCAGAUUUUCCUGGAGGUUAAUUCGGAGUCUGAAGUGUACGACCGCUUAAAGAAGCUUUUUACAACAAAUGGUUGGAUAGAUGAUAGUGACCUCGUCAGUGGCCUAGAAACACCUCUUAUGAGAUUAUGUGCAUACUAUCUGUAUAGAGAAAAAAGACGUUCUUAUGCAUUAGACAGUGUUGCAAAUUUCCACUUGAAGAAUGGGGCUGUUCUGUGGCGCAUCAAUUGGUUAGCUGACCGUUCUCCUCGUGGCCUUAGUAAUUCUUGUGGUAUUAUGGUGAAUUACAGGUACUUCUUAGAAGACUGUGAAAAUAACACACGCACUUACCUGGAGUCUACGACUAUCUUUUGUUCAGAUGAAGUUGGAGCUCUCGCAAAAGAUGCAUCAGAGGUUAUAAGUCCAAGUUCAGACUCCCCAUGUCUGUCGCCACCACUAAGUAGCCCCCCACCAGUUAGCCCCCCACCAGUAAUUACAAUUACACCUGAUUCAAAAAUGUGAUAUUGGGCCAAGUCGUAAAGAUAGAACUUCAUUAUGUAUAUAAGUGAAUGUAGUUUUUGUUAUGCAGCAGAGUAAUUGUUGCUAAUGUUAUAUGUAUAGAGCUCUAUGGACAGUCCAAGGCACUAUAUCAAUCUGUGAUGUCUCAAAUCCAAAUGUACAGAAUACCUGACCUUUAGCUAGUCAAAUUAUGGCUGUAGAUAAUUAUUGAAAGAUUGCUGAUGUAAACAGUUGUUGGAACGCACACAGAAACAAUGGUUUAAUUGAAAUGCACGCCAGUGGUUGUUAAACUGAUGUGCAUGCAAGCUGAUAUUAGGUUGUGCAGCAUUGUACAAAAAUUCAAACCUUGCAAGAUAUUUAUUAAAGUAAGCUAUUAAGUAUGGGAAGAGCUAUUAUUUUUAAGUCUCUUGACAAUAAUUGAUGGGCAUCAUCAAUGUCCUAGGUUAAUGUACAGUAUUUUAAGUUUUGCACAGUAGAAAGAUUGACUCUCUUGCUUGUCAUUUAUGCAAUAAAAGUGGAAUGUCAGCUGUAUUCAUGCUGAGUCAUGA